AUGUUCCAGCCCAACAAUCUCCGCUUGCUGCAGAGCAUCCGCUAUCCGACAACCGUCCAUACCAACCUCAAUCUGCACCACGCCGCCAUCGGAAUGCAGGAGAAACACAGCCUGCCUGAGUCGGUCAAGCGCAGCAGCGUAUGUCGUCUAAGAACGUCGGCAGAGAAGAUUGUCAGCAUCGUCAAGAUACGUUCUCAAUCCACCGCCCUGGAGUCCCGUGGCCGGCACUUUGAGAUGACCUACAACUUCCUGCAACAGGCGUGCCUGGGCAUUGAGGGGAACGGACUGGACGCCUGUCUCAAAGUUCUGAGCCUCAGCAAGUACCGGGCCUCAUCCAGCGACGCCAAGUGCAGCAUUCCCUUGCUGCCAAUCGUCCGCAUCGUGACGCGCAACCUGACGCCCAAGCGGGCGGAUCACGCAAGCCACAAGCGGAAGCAAGUGUCCACAACCCCCGAGCCCGAUGCGGCCAGGGACACGGCCCCGCUCGACGCCGUCAUGGGAGAAGAGCUCUCGUGGGGCGUGACGGCUGGCGGGCAGCGGAUGGAUCGCGUAACGGCGCAGCCAGUGCCGGGCUUCGCGGGAACGCCGGAGGCCGAGAACGAGAUGGUGUGGGCGCUUCUGGCCGAGAUGGUGGGCUGGCACGGUGGCGUGGUGAAGGGUGAAUGA